AUAAACGAUGCACGACCUAAACGCGCAGAAUCUGGUGCUGGACACAUCAUUAAUAAUAAGGCGUCUGUGAAACCGGGUAUUUCACCUCUGCAUACCCCAAAUGGACUGACGGCCACUGCGUCAGCUGCAGCUGAAGAACUGGCCGAGUUCUAUUCCACUGUUUACUGUCAGAAGGAAUACAUAAGCCGAAUGUCGUUUAUGUCUCCCUCACCGCCCACCUCCCUACAUGAAAGGCACAUUUCGGCCCGACCUUUCGUCGCCGAAUUGCAUGAAGUUGCAACCGCAAGUGUGAACGAAGUGCCGUCAAAAAACAAGAACGGAAGAUCCAAACAAACGAGCAAACACGGA